UGCUAUGAGCCUAUGACGCUGCAUGCAGAACAAUCUCUGCAAGUCGUCAUCGUCGGAGGAACUCUGUGUCAUCCUCCGUCGUUGUUGAAGGGACGAAACUAACCUGGUGUGAGCCUACUGAUCUUGGACUAUUCAAGUGUAGCUGUAGGGGUAGUACCGGUGUCUUUCUCAUUGGCGGGAGAACUAUUUUCUUCGUGGACUCCACUGUUCCAGCGUCCUUUUUUUCUCGGCACGAUGAUGGAAGACGAUCCCGCGCUAGGUGAGCCUUCACCUUCUUCUAAUCCGGCCACGUCGAACAUCGAUCUUUCAACAGACACAUCGUUGGUCGUUGAUAUCUCAGACGCCCUCAGUGAGCAUGAAAAAGUCAAGUUCACCGUACACACGAAGACAACUCUACCCGAGUUUCGCCAGAGUGAGUUCUCCGUUGUUCGUGAGCAUGAAGAAUUUGUCUGGCUCCAUGAUCGCUAUGUCGAGAAUGAAGAGUAUGCUGGUAUCGUGAUUCCACCUGCACCGCCGCGUCCAGAUUUUGAUGAGUCGCGCGAUAAGCUGUACCGCUUGGGCCAAAGUGAAGGUCAGAUGACCAAGGCAGAAUUUCAAAAGAUGAAGGCUGAACUUGAGGCUGAGUACCUCGCCGAGUUCAAGAAGACAGUAGCCAUGCACGAGGUGUUCUUGUCUCGGAUUGCUGGCCAUGCACGCCUGCGCAACGAGCAUAACUUCCGUGUGUUCCUUGAGUACAAGGAUGAGCUGCAAGUGCGUGGCAAGAACAAGAAGGAGCGUCUUGGUGGGUUGUUCAAGAACCUGGGAAAGACCGUAGAUGAAGCAAUGUUGGCUAACUACAAAGAUGUGGAUGAGUCGUUUGAGAAAGAGAAGACCUUUUUGUCGGCCUACCAUGUCAAGGUUAAGGAUGCCACUCGAUUUGCUGACAGGAUGACACGUUCUCAUAAGGGUGUUGCAGAUUGCCAUAUUCCCAUUGCCAUUUGUCUACAUCAGCUUGGAACAAGCGAUCCCACUGAGCUGAGCAAGUUCUUGACAAAGAUUGGUGAAACGUUUGAACGGGCACGGAAACUUGAAGGCCGUGUUUCGUCCGAUUGUGAUCUAAAACUAUCGGAUACGCUACGUUACUAUGAGCGGGACUCUCAGGCUGCACUGGAUCUGCUUUACCGCCGCACUCGCAGUCUCGCCAACCUCGAGAAGUCCAACAAUGCCCUCACCAAGGCAAGGACGAAGGGCAAGGGAGUAGCGGAGGCUGAGGCCGCUCAGAAGCUGUGUGAGGAGAAAUUCAACCACCUCUCUGAAAUUGGAAAGCAAGAACUUGGCAACUUCAAGGCUCGCCGGCUGACGCAGUUCCGUAAAAACAUGACUGAGCUUGCUGAGUUGCAAAUCAAGCAUGCCAAGGCUCAGUUGAAGCUUCUCCGCGAAGUGUCGGAGGCCCUACAGUAACCCCCCGGCCAUGCAACAAUGCGGUUGCUGCUCUGAUGCGGUUCAAUGCACCAGUAUACACUGCUUUGCUCAUGACUGUUGCGACUAGCUUGUUCUCCAGGUGCUGAUGCUUGGGGCAAAUAUUGUGUUAAUAUUGCUAUCAGUUGUCCCAUGCCUUGUGCGUGUUCCGUGUGUUCGGGAAUGUUGAAUGUUUGCACGCCACACCCCUGCUCAAGUGCACAUCGAUAGCCUUUUUUUGGUCACACUUUUACUACUUGUUUUCAUGCAGUCAACCAAGCACUCAGCCUAGUGCAUCAAUGAAAACUCUUUUUUUCGAAUGCGGCUUUCCGGUUGCUUGUCUCUGUUAUGUGUAGAUGUGUUGGUUGAAUUGUUCAAUUGGUAUAUCUUUCUGUGCUGUUUUCUGUCAUUCGGAAACCUGCUGACUGUGCUGCAGAGUUUGUUCAAUUUUUAUCCAUCUUGCUAAAUUUGCUAUGUUCUACAAUACUCGAAAAAAUUCCAAUAACUUUAUUUCUCAUCGUCGCCCAUGAAAUUCGUCGAAACUUUUUUUUCUUUUUUUUAAUGUGCCGUGCUGUUGUCCUGCGUCGUCUACUAGACUGUUCCCAGCUGCAUGUUGGAAUAAUGCCAAUGAUUUUAUUUGCACACUCUGUUUUCAGCAUGCAAGCACUUAUUUGAAGAGUUCAUUAGAGGAGAGAAAGGAAAAUCCCAUUCUUCUUUUUUCUGCAGGAACUUUCCCAAUCAUUCUUGUUUUAGGUGGCUGUUAUCCUGCCGAUAGCAAACAGUUUGCAUUGAAAUUAUAGUUCAAUCUGACAAUUAUCUUUUGCCAAAGCGCUGGUUCGAAUUUCGUAUGCAGUGUAUUCCA